UCUCUCUCUCUCUCUGUCAUGCUUGUUUCUUGUUCUUUUUUUCUUUUUUCUUUUGAAAUUGUGUUAAUGUCUGUUCUUUCAUUUACUUGUUUGUUACCAUUUUGACAUUUUACUGAUCUUUCUUUCUAUCUUCUCUGCAUUGUACACUGCUUUCUUUCUUUCUUGGGUAUCAUCAACUUAUAACAUUCUUUUUCAAUCUGUUGUUUUUGCAAGUUGAGAUUUUUUUUUUUCUCUUUUGGAUGAUGGGAUGCUGGUUAUUCAUAAAUUACGUUAUCAGUUUGUGGGUUCUUCUUCAAUUAAUCAAACUCACUCAUUGAACUCUAAUUUUUCGUUGUGUUCUUUUUUUGGUUUUCUUAAAGCUUUUUGAGUGGAGACUGAUUAGCCUUUCCUCUUUUGUAAUUAGAACUCACAUUAUAUCAUCUAAAGGAAAACUCCUUGUGUUUAUUGAUUUCUAGAUGAGAUACUUAUUUUAAUUCUUUUUAGUUACUGGUAUAUUAGAAUUUCUCAUAAAAGAUUUCACAUACUUGUUUCUUCUUUUCCAUUCUUGUUAGCAAUUUACUUUCUUUUUGCACUAGCUGGAAAAUUUGAUUAAAUUUCCGCAAUUUUUGCUUUGUGGGCUCUCCUUUGGUUGUAUUACUCCCGCAAUUUCAUUCCUCCACUGGCUCAUUUACUUAGAGCUUCCAAUUUUCAUUUUGAUUAUGCUCUUGAUCAAUUUAGCUGCAUGACUAUGCUACCUUGUUAUUUUUUUUAAUAUCUGUUUGUAAUAUACAUGGAUUAAUUUACUUAUCUUAUUUUUUUUUCUGAGGUGGGAGACUGAUAAAAGUUACUUUUAAUGGCUUUCAGGCAAUUUUGGCUUUGAAGAAAGGUGCACAUCUUUUGAAGUAUGGAAGAAGAGGGAAGCCCAAAUUUUGUCCUUUUAGGUUAUCCACGGUAGGUGCAUCUUACAUGGAAUAAAGUGAGACCUUAUGAUCAGCUUUUUUGUCUAAUUGCUAGGAUGAGAAAUAUUUGAUCUGGUAUUCUGGACAGGAGGAAAAGCAAUUGAAAUUGAGCUCAGUUAUGAAGAUUGUAACUGGGCAGAGGACUGUCAAUUUUCAAAGGCAACUUCAACCAGAUAAGGAGCACCAGUCAUUUUCAUUAAUCUAUGCUAAAGGCGAACGCUCACUAGAUCUGAUAUGCAAGGACAAAGCACAGGCUGAUUCUUGGUUUAUAGGCUUAAGAGCUGUGAUAUCAAGGUGUCACCGUUCUAGGCCUCUUACUGCUCUCAGGAGCCACAGAAGUGCGCAAAGUUGUGUCAAUAGUCCAGCAGGUUACUUUAGACGAAAGCAUAAUCUGGGAAUUCUGGAGGACGACAAAGAAUUUUCACAGGUGCGCAGCUUAUGUGGGAGUCCUACUCCAUCACUUUCAGAGAAGUGUUUUUCAGAUGGAUUAUCUCUUUCUUCUGAUAGCUUUUGUUUAUCAGAAUCAAGUCUGCAGAUGCAUAAUGCAGUCGACAUUUUAGUUCCCAAUUCACCAUGUGUUGGACCAAUUCUCGAGAAAUGCGGAUCUGAUUAUGCUUGCUCAAAAUUCCAAAAAGAUAUGUCCUUUAGGUUUGUUACCCCUGCAUAUGGAUGUACACAGAUAGGAAAAAAUGACAGUUUGAAGGAUGUUCUAAUGUGGGGGGAAGGUGUGGAAGGAGGAAAUAUAGGGGGUAUGGUUCAGAGGCUUGGCAACCAGAGUGUGAUGCAAGUUGAUGCUUUAGUGCCAAAGUUAUUGGAAUCCACUGCAAUGCUGGAUGUAAGAAGUAUAUCUUUAGGACGAAAACAUGCUGCUUUAAUAACCAAGAGGGGUGAAGUUUUUUGUUGGGGUGAUGGAAGUAGGGGAAAGCUUGGACAUAAAGUAAAUAUGGAUGUAGGCAUGCCAAAAGUUGUUGAAUCUCUUGAUGAUGUCCAUAUAAAAUCUGUUGUCUGUGGUGAAUAUCAAACAUGUGCUUUGACACAUUCUGGUGAAUUAUACACCUGGGGUGACAACAAAAAUGGUGCUAAUUUGACUGAUGAGAUGAGAACCAGAAGCCAGUGGUUACCAUAUAAACUUUUUGGCCCUUUAGAUGGUAUCACUAUAUCAAAAGUUGCUUGUGGUGAAUGGCAUACAGCAAUUGUAUCAUUGUCUGGGCAGCUGUUUACGUACGGAGAUGGAACAUUUGGGGUUCUUGGGCAUGGGAGUCUUCAAAGUGUUUCUCAUCCCAAAGAAGUUGCAUCCUUAAGAGGUUUAUCGGUAAAAUCCGUUGCAUGUGGAUCAUGGCACACUGCUGCUAUUGUGGACAUUAUUGCCGACCGCUUCAAGUUUAAUGCUGUUGGUGGGAAACUAUUUACAUGGGGAGAUGGUGAUAAAGGUAGACUUGGGCAUAGUGACAUGGAAAAAAAACUUGUACCAACAUGUGUUGCAAAACUUGUGGAUUAUGAUUUUAUUCGGGUUUCCUGUGGAAGAAUGCUGACCGUUGCACUUACCAAUACUGGUAAGGUCUAUACAAUGGGAAGUUCAGUGCAUGGCCAGUUGGGUAAUCCACAGGCCAAGGAUAAAUCAAUCACAAUUGUUGAAGGCAAGCUUAAGGAGGAGUUUGUUAAAGAGAUAUCAUCAGGAUCAUAUCAUGUUGCUGUAUUGACAUCGGGAGGCAACGUAUAUACUUGGGGGAAAGGUGGAAACGGACAAUUAGGUUUAGGCAACAUUGAAGAUAGAAACUCACCAACUUAUGUUGAGGCUUUGAGAGACAGGGAGGUUGAAAGUAUAGCUUGUGGAUCAAAUUUAACUGCUGCAAUCUGUCUGCACAAAUCCAUCUCUGUUACUGAUCAGUCAUCUUGUAGUGGUUGUAGAAUGCCAUUUGGACUUACAAGAAAAAAACAUAACUGUUAUAAUUGCGGUCUUCUUUUCUGCCAUUCAUGUAGCAGCAAGAAGGUCAUAAAUGCAUCUUUGGCUCCUAAUAAAAGCAAACCCUCUCGUGUCUGCGAUUCAUGUCUUAAUCAUCUGCAGAAAGUUACACUUUCAGGUAGAAUGUCGAAACCAGGAACUCAUGGUUCAAAGCAGCUUUUAUGUCCAAAUAAGGUGUUAGCUAAUGAGAAAGAAGGCAAGGGGGAAGCAACACCUCCAGGAAGUCAUACACGGUCAGUGAGCCAAUCAUACAAUCAAGAUAGCCCAGUUAGUCAGAGGAAAACCCAAAAAGACCAAGGGGAACAUCAGCAUCAUGUAGAAACUGUCUCUUCCCUUUCAGCUGGAUUGCCUCGAUGGGGGCAGGUCUCAUGCCCUGUUGUAUUUGAAUCAUACUAUAGCAAGAAUUCCUUCCUGCCAGUCGAAUCAAAAUCAACUGAUUCAAACGCUAUACUUAUAGACGAUGGCAUGUUGGAGUCAAAUAUGAUGCUAAGUUCUGUUCAGAGACUAGAAGCUCAGGCUAGGAAUCUUGAAAUGCAAUGCGAGAUUAGAGACCAGAAGAUUCAAGAAUGUCGGGAAACUAUAGAGAGAACUUGGUCACUGGCCAGAGAAGAGGCAGCCAAACGCAAAGCCGCAAAUGAGAUUAUUAAGGCUUUGACAUCAAGGCUUCGAGCAAUGUCGGAGAAGAUAUCAGCCGGAAGAAAAACAAAAGGUGGAGUCGAGCUUAGUGUUUCUCAGAACACACCUGCAUAUAAGGACAUCAUUUCUCUUGUGAGUCCUAGAGCUACAUUGGCAUCAGUUCAUUUGCCUCCUGAAGUAAAUCUACCGAAAGACAGACAACUAGACAGUCUAUCAAGCUCUCCUAUUGUAUUUUCUAAUACUUUAAAGUCCAUGGACAGUAGAGGGUUGUGCCAUGAAAUUGGCAGACUAGAGAAUGAUUCUCAAACACCAAGAGCAGACUCUAAGCAAAAUGGAACCAAAGGGUCAAGGCUUGAAUGGGUCGAACAAUAUGAACCUGGUGUUUAUAUUACAUUUACAGUCUUGCCAGGUGGGGAAAAGGGGCUAAAACGAGUCAGAUUUAGCCGGAAACGAUUUGCAGAGAAAGAAGCAGAGCGAUGGUGGGAAGAGAAUCAAGUUACAGUCUACCAGAAGUAUGGCAUUGAAGGCUAUGUUGACUCAAACCAACAUCAGAACAAAACCUAAUUGUCAGUAUUUCUUUGUGUUCAUAUUGGUUCUUACAAAGAAACAGGCUGAAUUUGCACAUUGAUACUAAAGCUCCUUCCAUGCUGGUGACUUCACAAUUCCACAAGAAAUGAAAGUUGGGUGCCGUGCCGGUGCCCAUGCGGUUCGGGGCAAUAGGUGGUAAUUUUCCAUACUUUAUGAAUGUCUCACCUACCUUUAUAACAUUCUGCAUCCCAAGAUGAAAUUUAUUCCAGGAGAGGUGGAAAAGGUUUCUUGUACUUGAAGCUUCAUUCUGAUGAUUGUUCAUAUGAUCCCUAUUGAUCGCCCAAGGCGUUUGCAUAUAGUUAUCAAUAAAAAGGAGGAAAAAAAAGAGGCUUUCUUCUCUCUCAAUCCUCUAUAUAUCCAUAUAAGCUUUCACACUGAAGAAUGGAAUAUCCUGAACGAUUGUGUACUUGUUUGGCAUUGGCAUGCUUUCUCAGAAAAUGCUACUAAAGUGGGUCAAUAUACAUGUUUACUUGGUUA